ACCUUACCCUAUGUUAUAAGAUUGGACCCCCUUACAAUUCUCCUGUAUACAAGGAAUGGAGCCCCACCUCUCCUCAAAACAUGUUUCUUUGUUUUCUCUUCCUCUUCUCUUUUACUCUAACCCUUUCACUUUGUGUAUUUUUAAUAGCUAAAUGGCAAAAAAUUUGAGGGACACUAAGGGAAUGGAACCCUUCACUUGGAUCCUGUAUUUGAAGCAAAAAGUGUUGUCAUUUUCAAGGAGGACAAAGUAGGAGACAUUGAUUUGAACCUAAAUUCACAACAAAAAAUUUUCUUGUCUUUCACAAAUUAUAAUACACUCUCUUGCCAAUUACUACUACUUAACUUAACUCCUUCCCUAUAAAAAGCUCCUACUAGACCAUAUCUUAUGCAACUUCAAAAUUUCAUAAUUUUUAUACUUUAGCCAUAGAAUACAAAUUCCUAGAGUUUAGAGUAAUUUAGAUAUGGCUAUUGCUCCAAACAAACGUCUUCUUCUUAUUGCAUUUUUGUUGCUUUUCUUCAUCUCAACCACAACUCAAGCUAGAAACUUGAGAGAGAUCAAAGAAGGGGGUGAAAAGAGUCUAAGUAGUGAGUUUAAUCCAAAUCAUGAAGAGACACAAACACAAGUAAAAAAUGAUGAUUUGUUGGAUACAAUGGACUACACACCUGCAUCAAAGAAUCCACCAAUCCAUAAUUAAAGUUCCACUAGUUUUUUCUUCUUCUUAUAGAACAAUUUUUGGUAGAAAAAAAAAAAAAGCACAAAUCAUAGUGCUUAAUUACCCUGCAAUUCUAUCUAUGAGCUUCAAUGUAUAGACAUAUUUUGAACUUUGAAGAUAGGAGGAUAAUGAAAUCCACACAUAAAUCACAGAUAUUUGUGGAGGAGAAAGCACUAGUUUAGUUGAUGCUUAAUCAUAUAUUUAGAAUUCAUCACUUGUAAAUAUAUAGUUUUUGAAGUUAUGAGAAUUUGAGGGAGCAUAUAGUAUAUACAUAUAUGAUUUGUCAAAGUUUUAUGCAGCACCAGAAGGUGAAAAUUUCUUGGUCA